AUGAACUUGCAAGCAGCAGCAGCACCAGCAGUGGCGCAACGAUCGCUGGUGCCCGCUAAUCGUUCUCUGCCCAUCGGCUUCAUCACCGGUAUCCGCGGAUUUGAGCGCCUAAUCAGUCGUAUAUCAAAGGCAACUUCAACUACAGCUUUAUUGUUCUGCGCUGUUGGCAUGAAGCACGUUCGCUGGAUGCGAAGCUUGACCAAAUGUGUAGUAGAAAUUUUCUAUCAUUUCUCCGAACUUUUACGAAACAGUGAACCAUUGUAUCGCCUCGAUCUUGACAUUUUGGGCACCAGUGAACAGCAGCACAAGCGCGUCACUACGCAAUGA